AUGGAGAAACCCAAAUCUGCAAUGGACGCAUUUGAAAAAUUGGAGAAAGUGGGAGAGGGGACUUACGGUAAAGUGUACAGAGCCAAGGAAAAGGCCACUGGGAAGAUUGUGGCCCUCAAGAAAACUCGUCUCCAUGAAGACGAAGAAGGCGUGCCCCCCACCACUCUUCGCGAGGUUUCCUUACUGCGAAUGCUCUCAAGAGACCCUCAUGUCGUCAAAUUGUUGGAUGUGAAACAAGGGCAGAACAAAGAAGGCAAGACAGUUCUCUAUUUGGUGUUCGAGUACAUGGACACCGACGUCAAGAAAUACAUUCGCAGCUUCCGUCAUGUGGGCGGUAGCACUCCAACUACAGCUGUCAAGAGCUUGAUGUAUCAGCUUUGCAAGGGCGUUGCGUUUUGCCAUGGUCAUGGAGUGUUGCACAGGGAUCUUAAGCCCCACAAUCUUCUGAUGGAUCGUAAGACAAUGAUGCUUAAAAUAGCAGAUCUUGGACUAGCCAGAGCAUUUACUGUGCCCAUCAAAAAGUAUACUCAUGAGAUAUUGACGCUUUGGUACCGAGCCCCAGAGGUUCUUCUGGGAGCUACACAUUACUCGACUGCAGUCGACAUGUGGUCUGUCGGCUGUAUAUUUGCUGAACUAGUUACGACGCAAGCUCUCUUCCCGGGAGAUUCUGAGCUGCAACAGCUGCUCCACAUUUUCAGAUUGUUGGGGACCCCAAAUGAAGAAGUUUGGCCUGGAGUGAGCAAGUUAGUAAACUGGCACGAAUACCCUCAAUGGAGCCCUCGGCCACUAUCAUCGGCGGUUCCUGGUCUGGAUGAAGAUGGGCUUAAUCUGUUAUCUGAAAUGUUGCAAUAUGAACCAUCAAAACGGAUUUCAGCGAAGAAAGCUAUGGAACAUCGUUACUUUGACGGUCUUGACAAGUCUUCUCUCUAA